AUGGUGUGGGACUGCGUGCAAAUCUUCGCCAUUUCCUUGGCCAGCGCGGUCACUGCCGAAGUGCUGUCGUGGCUGCUCAUCUACCGAACGGAGAGUUACUCCAGUCUGCAGGGCAAGGUCGAGAAGCUCACCAAGAAGCUGGAGAAGAAGAAGGACGGCCCUCAGAGCAUCGACAAGAAAAAGAGCCGUGACAAGCGCAUCGUGCAGUACGAGCAACAGCUCCAGGAGGCCAACCGAGAUCUCACGCAGUCCAAGAUGAAGUCCAUGUUCGUCAUCGGUAUCACCCUCGUGUCGCUCUUUGGCGUCAUCAACUCCAGCUUCGGUGGCCUCGUCGUGGCCCGGCUGCCCUUCGAGCCGAUGCCCUUGGUGCGCAGCAUCUCCCACCGGGGCCUUCUGGGUGUCGACUACUACGAGUGCUCAGCCGCCUUCAUCUACGCGCUGUGCAGCAUGAGCCUCCGUACCUCCGUGCAGAAGGUGCGCACUUCUUCCCCUCUCCUGGCCCUCCGCGCCGCCAUACUAACGCUGCGCUAUGCCGCAUUGUGUGUUUGUAUAUUUCUAUUUUUAAAAUAUCAUAGCUGUUCGGGUGGGCUCCUCCCCCGGGCCAGGACAGCAUGUUCGGCACUCCCGGCACCCACUAGCGGGUCGGUCCGAGAAAGAUAA